AUUCAUCAUCACCAAACCCCAAACCUUUCACCCUCUCUCUCUCUCUAAUGGGCAGCUCCGAGGAACCCAGCAAACCCAUCUCGUUAUACGACUCGUCGUCCACUCCACUCCUCUCCAAACCCGACGACCCGCCCCCUCCUCCCUCCCCCUACUCCGACCAACCCGACUCCGACCCGACCCAAUACCUCCAGAUCUCCUUCAACCACGACCCCCGCCCCUUCAAAGACCUCGCCUUCCUCCUCCUCUUCCUCCUCUUCGUCCUCUCCACCUUCGCCGCCGGCAUCUUCGCCGUCGUCCACCGCAACUCCGACUACUCCUCUCUCUCCUCCUUCGAAUACGACUCCGACUCCACCUCCUGCGUCAAGAACGCCUCCUCCUUGACCAGCUUCGCCUUCCUCGCUUCAUCUUCUUCGUUUCUCAAGGAUUUGACAUGGACUCUCGUCAUCACUCUCAUCUUGAGCUUGCCGCUUUGCUUCAGCCUUCUAUGGCUUCUCAAGAACUACGCCAAGCAAGUCGUCUACGCCUCUCUCCCGUUCUUCGUUCUCUUCCCGAUCUUCUUCGACGUCUACUGGUUCGUCGCCUGCACGAUCAGCUCGAGCUGCAGCGACUCGUUUCCUCUGGUGUACAGGAUUCUCGUGCUGGUGUUUGUUUUGUUAGUGAUUGGAGUGAUUGUGUGGAUUUUCGUGGCGAAUUGGCAUCGGAUUGAGCUCACUAUAAGCAUAAUUGGAGUGGCGUCGCAUGCGCUUUCGAGGAAUUUGGCUCUGUUUGGGGUGCUGCCGGUGCUGAAUUUGGUGCUGGUGGUGUAUUAUGCUCCCAUUGUGGUGUUCUUGGUGUUUGCGAGGCUGAAUGGGGAGAUUGAUGCGGAGGAAUCGGAGGAUGGGGUGUAUAGCUGUGUGUGGAAGCAGGAUGCUUGGGUGCCGGCGUAUUAUGCGUUGGCCAUUCUUACAAUGCUGUGGUCUCUGACGACUAUGGUGGAAGCUCAGGUGUAUGUGAUUAGUGGGACUGUUGCUCAGUGGUACUUUACUAAGGAAGAAUCCUCAAGGCCGAGGCGGAUGAUCAGAAGUUCUUUGAGAAAUGCCUUUGGCCCAUCCUUUGGCACUGUAUGUCUAUCUGGCUUGCUUAUAGCUGUUGUUCGAAUGGUGCGUACAAUUGUUGAUGGUGCAAGAAAAGAGGGUACAUCCGGGAUAGUGAAUCUUAUAUUACGUUGCUGUGUUAAUGCCUUGCUGUCAGCAAUUGAUUUUCUCAACAAGUUCACAAUCGUCUUUGCUGCAAUAACUGGUGAAUCUUACUGUUCAUCUGCAAGGAUGACAUAUGAGCUUCUAAAACGUAAUCUUCUUUCUGCGGUUUUUGUUGAAACCAUCUCCACUCGGCUUUUGGCUGGAAUUAUUUUCGUACUCUCAGCACUAUAUGCUGUUGUGGCGUGUGUUAUCUUAAAGGCCGUGAGCAAUCUUGGGGUCGAUGCGUACUUUGUGGCUGCAUUGGCGUGGGUGCUGCUGAUCUUGGUACUGGGUUUCUUUGUCCAUGUACUGGAUAAUGUGAUUGACACUGUGUACGUGUGCUACGCCAUAGAUAGGGACAGAGGGGAAGUUUGUAAACAGGACGUCCAUGAAGUUUAUGUUAACUUACCAAUUAGUAGGAACCAUAGACCUUCAUCUAUGAUUACCAGAACUCUGGGUGUAUAGAAUAAUCCUUUGAGUGUUGUUGUUGGUCUGUCAUUUUUUCUGUAUCAAGUAUUCAGUUAGCAAUUUGUGCAUACCUUUUGAGUGUUGCCUUGUACAUUUUUGAGGAUUUACAAUAAAGCAAAAUUUUCAGGC